AUGGCUCCCGCAAGAGACGAUGAGCUGUUUACAGCAGCCAACGCUACACUCCCGACUGUUGAGAGCAAAACCCUGGGUGGAGAGGGUCGUCUCAUGCACCGCUCUUUGGUCCAACACCCGUUCAUGGUCGAAUCAGCCAGCGGCAUCCACCUGAAUCUCGCCAACGGCAAAAGUGUCAUUGACGCAUGCGGCGGCGCUGCGGUAGCCCUGAUUGGCCAUGCCAACGAGGAAGUCAUCCGAGCCAUCUCGGACCAAGCCCGAAAGGUGAGCUACGUCCACACGCAAGCCUACACCACGCAGCCGGCCGAAGAGCUCGCCGACCUCAUACUCGAUGGCAACCCGCAUGGUCUUGAAAAGGCCUUCUUCGUCUGCAGUGGAAGCGAGGCAGUCGAGUCGGCGCUGAAGCUGGCGCGUCAGUAUCACUUCGAGAACGGUCAGCCGCAGAGGAAGCAUUUCAUUGGCAGGCGACAGGCUUACCACGGCAACACCAUGGCGACCAUGUCGAUUUCUUCAGUUGCGUCGCGAAAGGUUCCCUAUGAAGGCUUCUGUUACCCCCACGUCUCUUAUGUUUCACCGGCAUAUCCGUACCAAUAUCAAAAGGGAGGAGAAACCGAGGAUGAAUUCACUGCCAGACUACUCGCCGAGAUUGAAGAUGAGUUUCAACGGGUCGGCACGGAAAACGUCAUUGCGUUUGUUGCCGAGACAGUAGUAGGCGCUACGGCGGGAUGUGUAGCACCUCCUGUCGGCUACCUCGCCGGCGUCCGUCAAAUCUGCAAUACGCAUGGCGCACUUCUCAUCCUUGACGAAGUCAUGUGCGGCACUGGACGCACUGGAACCUACUUUGCCUUUGAGCAAGAAGGCGUGAUUCCCGACAUUGUCACAGUAGCCAAGGGCCUCGGUGGAGGCUACGGUCCCAUUGCUGGCGUCCUCAUGCACGAAAAGGUCGUGUCUAUGCUGAGACAGGGAUCCAACGCCUUCAACCACGGGCAUACCUACCAAGCCCACCCCAUCGCCUGCGCAGCUGCGCUGGCUGUUCAAAAGAUUGUCAAGAGAGACGAUCUCGUGUCUCGCUGCGCUCAGCUUGGGAAGCAGCUAGAGGUGCUGCUGCGCAUUGAUCUCAUUAAUUGCAAGUCGGUUGGCGAAAUCAGGGGAAGGGGUUUGUUCUGGGCUGUCGAGUUUGUCAAGGAUCGACAGACAAAGGAGACGUUCGAUCCCAAGCUGCGAUUCGGACUCCGAGUUCAAGAGCGGGCCUUUGAGAAGGGCGUCGCUCUCUACCCCGGCGCUGGUACCGUGGAUGGCUCGCGUGGAGAUCACGUCCUGCUUGCUCCUCCGUUUACCACAACAGAAGAGGAGCUACGAAGGAUUUGUAGCGUUUUCAGGGAAGCACUCGAAGAGAUCGAAGCGGAAAUCUUGUGA